GUCUUCAAGGAAACAAAUAAAACAAAAUUCUGUACAUGCAUAUAUAUGAAGCAGCAGAGUCUCCUAUGCUGUGGUCAACAAUACAUAUGGAACAAAAGGGUGGUUUUCUUCUUCGUUUGCUUGUAAUGUUUCUGGUUUUCUCCACAGUGCUCUCUUCUGCUAAAUCCAGAAGGCUCCACGGCAGCUUCAUGAAUGACUCGUCAGCCCCAGAUCAUCUAAUAACUCCUCAGCUAACAAAACAGGGGGAAAUGGAGAUGGAGAUGGAGAUGGGAGAGGGAGAAGAAGGGAGGAUGGUUAUUGAGAACAGAGACUACCCAGGAACAGGAGCAAACAACCAUCAUGAUCCAAAAUCCCCUGGAACAGCUUGACAAUAAUUUCUUAGAAUCCUGGUCUGUUGUAGUGCCAAAUGCUGUUGGAAUGUUGCAAGGUUUAAUGUUUGUACAAAGGAAUGAAUGUUCAUGGCAACAAAGCCUUUAAUUUCUGCCCCUUUUGUAUUUGUCAUUUACUCAUUUGCAAUCUAUAUAAAUUGUUUCAAGUGGUCCA